GAACUUGUGUGGAGUGUUCGCCAGAAACCUCCGCCCGGCGUCUCUUUGGGGGAAUUACGCACUUUUCAUGACUUUCUCCUCAGUGUGGUUUUGAGAUGGGACGCGGGGAGACCGUGGCACGUUGGGCCACGUCGCUACUGCGCGAGUGCUGCUGUCUCACCCGGCUCCGGAGGGCUGGUGCUCCGGCGUGGCUGUAGCACCUCCUCACCCCUGCCUGCCUCGGUGCGCUUGUGCGCGGAGCUCCGGGGAGCUGGACGCGAGGCUCUGAAAGGGAUUGCCCAGUUUAGCGGGAAGCAACGUCAGUGGAGUUGAAGCGGAAAGUGGCAAAGCGCUCUACUACUUCGCCUGGAUCCUUUACAGUUCCCCGCGAUCAUGCCAUCGAGUUUUUAGAUCUGGGGGCUUUUUCUGUUUGAGGUGAGGAAGAGGAGAAGCAGGAGGAAGAAGACGAAGAAGAAGAAGAAGAGGAGGAGGGCUGAGGUGCGCGUGAAUGCAGCCAUGGCCUGUACACCCUGUCCAUAGAGGAGCUACUGAGUGGAAGAGAGAUCAAAGACGAGCGUCAGGAUGAAACUGUGGGGGAGGUCAUCUUGGCCUUUGCAGGCGGCCUUCCUUGUUGCCUUGGUGAUGCUCUGCGUCGACCCGGUGUCCUCCGGCAGCCGUAACCAUCGGGGACCGACAGUCUCAUACCAGGUGAAGCAGGGGACGUGUGAGGUGGUGGCCAUCCAUCGCUGCUGUAAUAAGAAUAAGAUUGAGGAGCGCUCUCAAACCGUCAAGUGUUCCUGUUUCCCCGGGCAGGUGGCGGGCACCACCAGAGCCAGACCCUCCUGUGUGGAAGCCUCCAUUGUAGCCCAGAAGUGGUGGUGCCAGAUGCAUCCGUGUAUGGAUGGUGAGGAGUGUAAGGUCCUGCCUGACCUGACCGGCUGGUCCUGCAGCACUGGCAACAAAGUCAAAACCACCAAGGUCACACGAUAGCGAGGGAGCCACUGUGCCACGAGGAAACCUGAAACUCUCCAUGUGGAAAGGAUGGAUGACUCACACAUAUUUACCGUACAAAGGGGAAAUUAUCAAGGAAAGGACCACUGUCAGGCUAUCCAUCAAAAAAAUGGGAUAAAACGUACUCAUCGCAAACUUUGUACACUUGUCUACAUGGAGCCACGCGUAAAGCAUAUACAGUAUGCUGGCUGGUGAGACCAAUGGCCUACAAUGAUGGACGCCCAGGGUACAUCUGGACACAAAUGGACUCUUAUUUUCCCACAAUGGACAAAGUGUGGAUUGAUCAAAAAACUGGUCAAUUUCAUUUACUGAUUAAGCAUUUCAAAGUAUAUAUUUCAACAAAGCAUUUGUGGAUGAGCGUGAGAUGUGAACUAAAAGCUGUUAUUAGA